CUGCCCAGCAUCCUCUGCCCAACCAAUCAGAAUGUAGGAAAAUCUACAGAUAUGACGGAAUCUACUGUGAAUCUACCUACCAGAAUUUACAAGCAUUGAGAAAGGAGAAAUCCCGAGAUGCUGCUCGCUCCCGCCGGGGAAAAGAAAAUUUUGAGUUCUAUGAAUUGGCCAAGUUGUUGCCUCUUCCUGCAGCCAUCACUAGCCAGCUUGACAAGGCAUCCAUAAUUCGACUUACAAUUAGCUAUCUGAAAAUGAGGGACUUUGCUAACCAGGGGGACCCUCCGUGGAACUUGCGAAUGGAAGGCCCUCCCCCUAACACAUCAGUAAAAGUUAUAGGUGCACAACGAAGGAGAAGCCCCAGUGCACUGGCCAUUGAAGUAUUUGAAGCACAUUUGGGAAGUCAUAUUUUGCAGUCUCUGGAUGGCUUUGUAUUUGCACUAAACCAAGAAGGAAAAUUUUUGUACAUUUCCGAAACAGUUUCCAUCUACCUAGGCCUCUCGCAAGUGGAGCUGACAGGCAGCAGUGUCUUUGACUAUGUCCACCCUGGGGACCACGUGGAGAUGGCAGAGCAGCUGGGCAUGAAGCUCCCGCCUGGGCGGGGUCUCCUCUCACAAGGAACCGCUGAGGACGGAGCCAGCUCAGCGUCUUCCUCCUCCCAGUCCGAGACACCCGAGCCAGAAGCAUCCUUCAGCAGUGUCCCACCUUCCUCCAUGGUCCAAGAACGUUCCUUUUUCAUCCGAAUGAAAUCUACUCUGACCAAACGCGGUGUGCACAUCAAAUCAUCAGGAUAUAAGGUGAUUCACAUAACAGGCCGGCUACGACUGAGGGUGUCGCUGUCCCACGGGAGGACCGUCCCCAGCCAAAUCAUGGGUCUCGUGGUUGUGGCUCACGCCUUGCCUCCCCCUACGAUCAAUGAAGUCAGAAUUGACUGCCAUAUGUUCGUCACUCGAGUAAAUAUGGACCUCAAUAUCAUUUACUGUGAAAAUAGGAUUAGUGAUUAUAUGGAUCUGACCCCUGUAGACAUUGUAGGGAAGAGAUGCUACCACUUCAUCCAUGCCGAAGACGUCGAGGGCAUCAGGCACAGUCACCUGGACUUGCUGAAUAAGGGCCAGUGUGUAACGAAGUACUACCGUUGGAUGCAGAAGAACGGAGGAUAUAUUUGGAUACAGUCCAGCGCCACCAUAGCUAUUAAUGCCAAGAACGCCAACGAGAAGAAUAUCAUCUGGGUGAAUUAUCUUCUUAGCAAUCCCGAGUACAAGGACACACCCAUGGACAUCGCGCAGCUCCCCCACCUGCCCGAGAAAACGUCGGAAUCCUCGGAGACAUCCGACUCCGAAUCCGACUCUAAAGACACCUCAGAGGACAAUGAGAACUCCAAGUCGGACGAGAAGGGGAACCAGUCUGAGAACAGCGAAGACCCGGAGCCCGACCCGAAGAAGUCGGGCAGCACGUGCGACAACGACAUGAACUGCAACGACGAGGGCCACAGCUCCAGCAACCCCGACAGCCGCGACAGCGACGACAGCUUCGAGCACUCGGACUUUGAGAACCCCAAGGCGGGCGAGGACGGCUUCGGCGCGCUGGGCCCCAUGCAGAUCAAGGUGGAGCGCUACGUGGAGAGCGAGUCGGACCUGCGGCUGCAGAACUGCGAGUCGCUCACGUCGGACAGCGCCAAGGACUCGGACAGCGCGGCCGAGGCGGGCGCGCAGGCCUCCAGCAAGCACCAGAAGCGCAAGAAGCGGCGGAAACGGCAGAAGGGCGGCAGCGCCAGCCGCCGGCGCCUGUCCAGCGCGUCGAGCCCCGGCGGCCUGGACGCGGGCCUGGUGGAGCCCCCGCGGCUGCUGUCCUCCCCCAACAGUGCCUCGGUGCUCAAGAUCAAGACGGAGAUCUCGGAACCCAUCAACUUCGACAACGACAGCAGCAUCUGGAACUACCCGCCCAACCGGGAGAUCUCCAGGAACGAGUCUCCCUACAGCAUGACCAAGCCCCCCAGCUCCGAGCACUUCCCGUCCCCGCAGGGCGGCGGCGGCAGCAGCGGCGGUGGCGGCGGGGGGCUGCACGUGGCCAUCCCCGACUCGGUCCUCACCCCGCCCGGCGCCGAUGGCGCCGCCGCCCGCAAGACUCAGUUCAGCGCCUCGGCCACCGCGGCCCUGGCCCCCGUCGCCUCCGACCCGCUGUCGCCCCCGCUCUCGGCGUCCCCGCGGGACAAGCACCCCGGGAGCGGCGGCGGCGGCGGCGGCAGCGGCAGCAGCGGCCCCAGCGCGUCCAACUCCUUGCUGUACACUGGGGACCUGGAGGCGCUGCAGAGGUUGCAGGCGGGCAACGUCGUGCUCCCCCUGGUGCACAGGGUGACCGGGACCCUGGCGGCCACCAGCACGGCCGCGCAGAGGGUCUACACCACGGGCACCAUCCGCUACGCGCCCGCCGAGGUGACCCUGGCCAUGCAGGGCAACCUGCUGCCCAACGCGCACGCUGUUAACUUCGUGGACGUUAACAGCCCCGGCUUCGGCCUCGACCCCAAGACGCCCAUGGAGAUGCUCUACCACCACGUGCACCGGCUCAACAUGUCGGGACCGUUCGGCGGCGCCGUGAGCGCCGCCAGCCUGACGCAGAUGCCCGCCGGCAACGUGUUCACCACGGCCGAGGGACUCUUCUCCACGCUGCCCUUCCCCGUCUACAGCAACGGCAUCCACGCGGCACAGACUCUGGAGCGCAAGGAGGACUGAGCGCCCCCAGCGCGGGGCGGGUUCCGCUCGCGGGAGGCAUCGUCGGCGUUUUCGUUUAGACCUUUAAUUCUAGCACUUUGAAUUCGAGCAGGUCAGCGUCUUCUCUCCACACGGCGGUCCCCAUUUCAUCCCCUCUUUCUUUAACUUGACUUAUUCUUUCCUGUAAAGAUGUUUAUUUUUUGCCUUCAGAGGGUCAGAUGACCAAGUUGCCUGCCAUUUUGUCUUCUUCUGAGAUGUGUGUUGGGUUGUUUUGCUUUCCUUUGCAUCUUUAUUAAGAUGUCUUUAAUGUGUAUAUGCCUCUGCCAUAGAAUACUCAGUCUUGUGGUCAACAGAUUGCUCAAGUGACAACCAUUGGGUUUUCUUCAUAAAGAUCUUGAUGUGAUCAAGAUUGAAAGAGACAAGCAUAAACAAUGUGCCCUGUUUGACUAAGUCAAAUGAAAUGGGGUGGUUUUUUGUUUUUGUUCCUAAUUCCUUUAAAAAUAGGGGGAUAGUAUUUUAGAAUUUUAUGCAGAAUUUAAUUCUCUUUUUAUGGUUAAGAUUUUAAGAUUUUCUUACUUGCACAUAAAAAUAAUUUGGGUUCUUAAACUUAAUUUCUGGCCUGUGACUAGAAUGUUUAAAAAAAAAAGUUGGACUAAAUGUUAAUUACUGAAACAUUAACUUAAUUUCUAAAACCAUGGUGCUAUCAUUUAUUAAUCUGUGUUGUCUUCAUACAAAAUGCAGCUCCUGGGCUGGGUUUUGGGGAAAAAAAUGUGUUCUGUCCUGGUCUGGAGUCCGUUGCUGCAGUCUCCUUGGUUAGUUAAGAGAAAGCCCUCAUUAACGUUUGCUGCAGGACUUAAAAUGUUUUACCUCCCAACUAACAAACAUAGCCUCACAUUAAAUUUAAUGGGUCAGUAAAGCCCUUUUCAAAGGGGCUUUUGGAAAACUCAAUCAAACUGAUCUGAGGAGCAGUUUAGGUACAUACUGCAUUUAGUUGAGCUUUUUUUUUUUUUCCUUUUCUCAGUCUAACUGAGGCUAAUUUUUGCA